UCAAGGCGUCCGGUGAUCGCCACGGGGGGGUGGGGGGGUCGCGGGGUUCCUGGGGCCGCGGACCAGGAACGGGCGGCUCGGAGGCGGCGUGGGUUUUUAUCGGCUUUGGGGUACGAAUGAAACGACACACACACACACACACACACAGACGGGGUAGACUGAGAGAGAGGCUGGCGGCGCGAGGAGCAGGUCGCUGUACAUGCGCCGGGCGGACGGGCGGGACUCUGCUGCGUACACGUAGAUGGGAGACGGGGACGGACGGACGGCGUUUGGUCGCGAUCGGGGGGCGAGCGGGAAAGGCGGGAGAGAAUAGGGGGAGGGGGAGCAGGACCCCGGCGGUCCACGGGCAGGGGUGGGCGUUUUCGGUAGCGAGCACGCUCGCUACCGGUGGCCCGGCCUCCCUACCUCCCCCCUACUUGACUUGCCUGGCUCGCUUCUCUUACGUACAUACAUACAUGCGUGCAUGCAUGCGUGCGUGCUUAGACCGGGUCCCCCAAAGGAAUACGAUAUCGAUAUACGUAGGUCUAUAUAUUAUGACUCUUGGAUUGGCCCACCGAAUGCAUGACGGACGCGAGACUGGCGGAGCGCGACGGCUAGAAGUAGACGCGUUGAGGCGCAAGUAACUGGGGAGCCUGCCCCCUCCCCGCCAGGCACACAAUUCCGUAGCGAAAGGGGGGGAGAGACGGAAAGGCGAGA